AUGGCGAUGCACUUCACGCCCCUGCUGUUACUGCUUGCCAUGGCGGUAGCGACGUCUGCUGUGCCCAUGAGGUCUAAGGGUCGAUGCCUGAGAGAGUUUGAGCGAUGGACGAAGAAGCACUCGAAGGUGUACGAGGACGAUACCACCUACCUCAGAAGACUCGCGUCCUUCUGCGUGUCCCUCAAGGAGGUGGAGGCGAUCAACUCUCGUCCCGGCACUACCUGGAGGGCGGCGCUGAACCAGUACAGCGACCUGACCUGGGAGGAGUUCAAGCAUGCCAAACUCAUGGCGGAGCAGAACUGCAGCGCGACUGUCACGACGCCAGUGGAGAAGCUCGUGAAGAUGGGGAUAGUGGCGGAUGAGUUCGACUGGAGGAACCAGACGUGCGGCGAGACCUCGUGUGUGUCGAUGGUGAAGAACCAGGGCACUUGCGGUAGUUGUUGGACCUUCUCGACGGCAGCAGCUCUAGAGUCUCUGCAUGCCAUCAAGACAGGAGAGAUGGUCCUGCUGAGCGAGCAGCAGCUCGUGGACUGCGCGGCAGACUUCAAGAACAACGGAUGCAACGGCGGCCUCCCGUCCCAGGCCUUCGAGUACAUCAUGUACAACGGCGGGCUGAGCAAGAUGGAAGAAUACCCGUACGUGUGCGGCGAUGGACAUUGCAACGUGACUGGAGGCCCCUGCGCCUUUGAUCCUGUUGGAAAGCCAUGGAGCGUUGGAGCCAAGAAGGUUUCGAAAGUCGCAAACUUCACGCCGGGAGACGAGAUCAGCAUGAAGACUGUCGUCGGAUCGCACAACCCCAUCAGUGUUGCGUUCGAGGUUGUUGCUGAUCUCCGCCAUUACUCCUCCGGCGUCUACUCCUCCCCCACGUGCGUUGGAACUCCUGACAAGGUCAAUCAUGCUGUGCUCGCCGUUGGGUACGGGACAGAGGGAGGCAUCCCCUACUGGACCAUCAAGAACAGCUGGGGAUUCGCAUGGGGAGACAACGGAUACUUCAAGAUACAGAGAGGAAGCAACAUGUGCGGAAUCUCUGUCUGCGCCUCCUUCCCCAUCACGUCCGACAAGUAA